AUGGGUGUCUCUAUAUGGAUUAUUGGAAUUACCAUUCAAAUCGUUGGCAUACUGGCAUCAGUUCAGUAUCCUUGUCCACCCUUUUCACCAUUCAGACUUCCUCACACAACUUCCUGCUCUAAGUUUGUCCAGUGCAUCGGCGGAGUGGCAACUGUUCAUGAUUGUGACAACGGAUUGGAGUUCAAUUCGAUUUGGAAUGAGUGCACUUUGCCUGAAUUUGCUGAUUGCGAUCGUGAAUAUUCUCCAUGUCCGCUCUUCAAUGAUCCGGACAACUUGGUUUACUUAUCAGACAGUGACUCAUGCGAGGUGUACCAUUUGUGCUAUAACAAUCAGCUUCACAGAUUCCAGUGCAUCGAUGGACUUCACUGGGAUAAUCAGAGGAAUCAAUGCCGACGUCCUGCUGAUGCAGGUUGCGCGCCUUCAGGCGUAACUUGUCCUCCGUCCGGCACACACUUGGUUCCCAACCCAGUAUCCUGUGAGUACUUCUAUUUCUGCAUCGACGGCCAUGGCUACGGAUCACAAUGUCCCGAGGGCACGCUAUUUGAUGUCGUGAGAAGCUUCUGUGUGCCUGCAGAUGAGGCUACUUGCUUGGGUCCAGUGCCUACAACAACAGCACGCCCAACUCCGCCUGUGGUUACAACGCCCGGUGAAAUUCCAGAUUCAGACAACUAA